AUGUCCGAGCCCCAACGGGCUAUGAGCAAUGCAUCAGAACAACCACAUCUUCUUCGCACAGAAACUCGAGAGUCCUUAACAAACCGCGGAAUCUCGCCCAGCCCUCCGCCAGUCGACUACAACUAUCCAGACGUCGGUCGGCCUGCCGACCCUGUGUUCCCGGAGGAAUAUACCAUCGAGACCAGCACGGGCCUCGUUCCCAAACGCACGCUCGAACAGAUCCGCUCGCGUCAAGACCGGCAACCGUCGUCGAGCUCCUCCUCCCCGGACCUCGAAAAGGCCGAUGACCAGCCUACCGAGUUUGUCACCUUCACCAUCAACGAUCCCGAGAACCCUUACAACUGGUCCCGUGCCUAUCGCUGGUACGUCACCAUGGUCGCCUCCCUCCUCGUGGUCUGCGUCGCCUACGGUUCCGCAAUCGUAACGGGCGGUCUGGGCCUUAUUGAAGAGAAGUACCACGUCUCUCUCGAAGUGGCCACCCUUACCUGCAGUAUCAUGGUCUGCGGCUUCGCUGUCGGUCCCCUUCUCUGGUCCCCCCUAUCGGAGAUUAUCGGCCGGCGGCCGGUCUACAUUAUUUCCCUGGUGCUGUACACGAUCUUCAACAUCCCUUGCGCCCUGUCGCCCAACAUCGGCGGACUGCUGGCAUGCCGCUUCCUCUGCGGUGUCUUCUCCAGCUCCGGCCUCUCGCUUGCAGGCGGCACCAUCGCGGACAUCUGGUCCAUCGAGGAGCGGGGCAUGGCGAUCGCCUUCUUCGCGGCAGCCCCGUACUGCGGCCCCGUGAUCGGGCCCAUCGUCUGCGGCUGGAUCACGGUGGGCUCAGGCCGGCUGGAUCUCUUCUUCUGGACCAAUCUGGCCUUCGCCGGGGCCGUGGGCAUCCUCGUCGGCCUCGUCCCGGAGACGUACGCGCCCGUGAUCCUCAAGCGGCGCGCGGCGCGCCUCCGCUCCGAGACGGGCAAUCCGCACAUCAUCACGGAGCAGGAGCAGCACAAGCCUUCCCUCAAGGAGAUCGUGCGCACCUCGCUGAUCCGCCCGAUCACCAUGAUCCUCACCGAGCCCGUGCUCGACCUGAUGUGCAUGUACAUCGUGCUGAUCUACUCCAUGCUGUACGCCUUCUUCUUCGCCUACCCGGUCAUCUUCGGCAAGCUGUACGGCUACAACGACGGCCAGAUCGGGCUGAUGUUCAUCCCGAUUCUCAUCGGUGCCGGCUUCUCGCUGAUCUUCACGCCGCUGCUCGAGAAGCAAUUCCACCAGAUCUGCAGCCGCCGUGCCCCGACCCCGGAGGACCGACUCAUCGGCGCCCUCAUCGGCGCGCCCUUCGUCCCCAUCGCGCUGUUCAUCCUCGGCGCCACCUCUUACAAGGGCAUCAUCUGGGUGGGGCCCGCCUCCUCCGGGAUUGCCUUCGGGUUCGGCAUGGUGCUCUGCUACUAUGCCGUGAACAACUACAUCAUCGACAGCUACCAGAAGUAUGCGGCGUCUGCGCUGGCGGCCAAGGUCUUCCUGCGGUCUGGCGGCGGUGCGGCGUUUCCGCUGUUCAUCACGCAGAUGUACGAUCGUCUGGGACUGCAGUGGGCGUCGUGGCUGUUGGCGUUCAUUGGGGUGGGGAUGGUGUUUAUCCCUUACGUCUUCUACUGGUUUGGGGCGAGGUUGAGAGCCAAGCUCAAUAAGAACUAG